UGGGACUUCAUCCUUCUACUCCUUGUAUUAGUCCUUACUUCAAUUCCUUCCUGCCCAAAGAAACGUCCUUCCUUUGAAAAUAUGACCCCUAGACCCCGCCUCCGCCUCGACGCUGGGGAGCCAGCGCCGCCACCCUCGAGCUUUCCGAGCGCGUCCGCUUUAGCUGAGGGCCCUAGCUAUCCCCACACGUCUACUUUCCGGUCGCUGCAGAUAGAGAUUAGUAUACGCAGUCUGUCCGUAAAGAGCGAACGAGUACCACAUCAACAGCAGGCACGAUCGCUGCCAGUAUUUGGGGACUCGGACAGAGUAACGGGGACGGUGGCGCUUGCACAGAGCUUCGCACAGACCGGACGGCUCACGAUCACACUUGAGGGUGCCUUCACGUAUAUUUCACCCGAUGUUGGCGCAUACGAGCCAUCUUCGAAGGGACGACAACGCCAUGUUUUUUAUUCCUCAUCACGAGUGGUACCAUUAUCAGGCGCUCUGGACAGUCCUCGGUCGGCUCUGAACAUUCGCGACGCGUUCGUUGCGACAGUACGGCGGAGACCCAGUCUUCCCACUGUUGGUGGUUCUGACAUGAAGGUGAUCCCAUUUAACUUUGAACUUCCCUCCCCAACGAGGCCCGGAGAGGAAUUGCCCCCCACCUUCUCUUCCUCAGUGCUCAUGGAAGGUGGUGUGCGGAGUCGGGCACAGGCUGAGAAUGCGGAGGUUUCGUAUCGAGUGGUCGCGCUGUGGGAAGCUAUGGAUCAUUCGGAGGAUCGAAGUCUCUUGGAAGCACCUAUCAUCGUGCACCCAGACACGGAAUUCUCUUCGCUAGAUGGUCUAGCGUAUGAACCUGAGUCCUGGGUAGAAAUUCCAUUGAAGUCCGAGCGAUCUAUACCUUUCCAGUGCGCGAUAACCCUUCCAAGUCCCGCCGUCUUCCCCCGCACCGCGUCCCUCCCAUUCUUUGUAGUCUUCACUACCACCCCUCGGUCAUCAACCCUCGCUCGAGAAAUCGCGUCAGACGCCACCAUCACAGUCUCCCUCCUCCGCAACGUCCACAUCAAUGCAUCCCCCUUCGGCCUGCCAACCCCUCCGCCAUCGCCUCCGACCACGGAAGAGUCUGACGCCCAAUCCCCCGCCAGCACGUCGAGCAGACUCCUGAAACGUAUGGUCAGGAACAACACCCCCCCUGUGGUGCCCGUCAUGCGCAACAGCCGCGCGCUGGAUAUCAACAUCCGGCCCCGCGUACGCUCGCGCUCACGUUCCCUAACGCGCACCUUGUCGCGCUCGUCCAUCAACGAGUUCAAAGACAAGCCCCUUCCGCGUGCGCCGCCGCCGCACACUCCUGCGACGGUCUUCUCUGAGAGCCGCACGCUGCAGACGGAGGUGUGCGUCGGGUUCCCGAAGAGGCCAAGGGUGAAGCAGGACAACGGGCGGGGCCACCCGAAGUUGGAGGUCUACGAAAAACUGCCGGAUGGGUUGUACAAGGGCAAGAUACACCUGUAUAAAGGUAUGAUCCCUGGCAUAGACUGGUCUGGGUUAACGGUAAAAUAUUACUUGGAAGUCUCUGUACUAUUUGGACAGGAUGACCUGCGCGCGCGGGUUCCGAUUAGACUGUACUAGCUUUUGUCCUCCUCUCGGAGAACCCGGAGUCGUUCCUCGCUGUUCAUAUUACCUUCUCGACAGCCCAUGGGCUAGGGCUGCAUCAUUUUCAUUGGACUCUUACAGUAAUCCCUCGCAUCCUCUGCAUGUUAAUGACGCGUCACGAUCUCUCGAUGCUCUACACUCAUUUGCAUUAACCCUCUUUUAUACUGUUACGUGGCUGUGGAAUUGCUGUCAAUAUACUGCACUUGUGGUUCGC